UGUUUCUUGAACGCAAUCGGUUGAAAGAAAAAAUGAAGAUCAUUAUUUUCUUGGCACUGCUGUGUACAGUUUACGCAUUGGAGCAAAAUGUGAUGGAUUCUUCGCUCGAGCGAUUAGUGAAUAUAGAAAAUGCAGCCACCCAAACUAUACUGUAUGGUCUAUUAUUUUUUGAAGAGCGAAUGUCGCAGAAUUUAGUAGUGCAUCUUGAAAAAAUAAAAAAAAAUGCUUUAGAUAAUAUCAACAAUACUAUUAAUGGAGCACUUGAAGAUGUCAAUCUAUCCAUUCACAAUGGAAAAGAAGAGGGUAAAAACGUAGAUGGCUGUUACUAUUAUGCGAAGAAUAAUCUAGAAUCGAAAAGGACAAAUGCAGUUGCUGGAUUGGACAUGUGCAUCCAAAACGGUCGCAUAGCCAUGGAAGGCCCAUUAGCAAACGUAAUCAGCAAUAUUCAGGCGGCGAAAAAGUUACUGAGUGAUUUGAAUGCUAUCAUACCAAACUGUGAUUCUACAAACUUCCUUAGAAAACAAGCUUGCGUCUUGAAAAACCUUUCCUUAACCAGAGAAUCGCUGAAAAGUGUUACUAAAAGUUCUGGGGAGAUAAUAAUUAUCGCGACAGGCACAUACAUGAAAACACUUGUAAACGUGAAAAGUUGCGUCGUAAAGAAUACUGCUGAGACUCAUAUUUUCAGCAUGAAUAUCGUUAGUUAUACUAAUCAUUGCAUAAGAAUGGCAUAGCCAUCGAAUCAUCUACUUUCUCGAAAGAUUCAAAUUUUGAAAAAAGAUUAAAUUUAAUAUGAGCCUAUAUAAUUAAUUUUUAAUUCUUUAUUUUUUAAUUUACGUACUUUAUUUUUAAUUAAAAACAUCUUUGAUUAUCAAAAGAUAUCAAUUGCCUUUAGAUCUUUUGUCUCUAAAAUAGACUACAAUGUUUUUAUUCGAAUAAAAAUAUCUCCCUAUUUUUAGCGCUAAGUUCUUUUUCCUUGUAAAUAUGUCAUAUAAUUAGAUUAAACGAUUUUUGUAUUCACAAGCGAAACAAAUGUCACUUCAGAUUGUAACUGCAUAGACAUAUUAAAAAUAAAAAUUAUGAUUACAGAAGAUUUAUAUUCGAUUAGUUUAAUCUUCGCUGUGAACGUAUUAAUUGUUAGUAAUAUAUUUGUUACGUAAGGAUAAUGGCAGUAGUGGGAACAGUAACAGCAACAACGGUAGCGGCAGCAAUAAUAACAAUAGUAUUAUUUAUAAUUAUAUUUAUCAUUAACAUACUUCGAUAGAAUUAUACAUAUUAUUAAUUAUAAUCGCAGUGGUCAUGAUUAUCUUCACUUAUAUACACGUGCAUACGUAUAUAUGCGUAGACCAUGAAAGCACAUUUGACAAUGCGAAUAUUUCGCACUAUCAUAUAUACAGAGCGUCUCAGAAAUCGCGCAUCUUCUUUAUUGAUUCCUCGACAAGUUUAGAAUCAACUUUUCCGUAACGAAAGUUCAAUUGGACUUCACCUUUUACAUGUAUUAUACUGUACACAUAUGAAUCAUCUUGACAAUCGCAUCUUAAAUAUUACAAAUUUUAAAUUUUCAUUCGUGUGCAUCUUGAUUCCUUCUUCAAGAGCCCUUUAAUUAUUUAUUGUUCAACAAAGGCUCGAUACAGCUAAUCAUCAUUAUUCGGCAUCAAGUGUCUAGAAGAAGUGCACGAUUAUUGGGACACCCUGCGUAUGCAUAUAUUUCAUACGUUAAAUUUGUAUUUCAUAAGAAUAUUAUAUAUACACAGGGUGGCCCAGAAAUAAUGAAUAUAAAUAAUUGAGUUCGAUUGUUUCUUGGUAAAGACUCAAGUAGGUUUUAUCAUUAGGUGUAUGAAAUCAAUUAUUGGCGAUUUUACCGGGGAGAUUCGCAUGAAAAUAAUUUGGUACGUCGACAGAAUCAGUGCGCCCGCUGAUGGCCACAUAUAAUCGUUAAGUGAACAUACAUUGGAAAGGGAGGGGAUUGUGUAUUAAAACCCCUAGCGAAGUCGAAGUUAUCAAAUUUAAUUAUAAACCGGAAACUAAGCAAAAGUAACCGAGGAUUAAUAAAAUUAUUUGAGACUUGAGUGGCAAUUACUGGUACCGCGAUGCAUAAUACUAUCGUAUUACAUUGCGUACUAUUGCGGAAAAGCAUGCUUACCUUGCACUUUCUAUCUUUCUAGGAAAUCGAAUCUUAAAACAUUUAAACACAUCUUGAUAGGCGCACAAUCAUUUCUUUUUACUACAAAAAUCUGAAAUACAGCAUUAAUGUAAAUAUUCCUCGUAUUUCAUACGAACUAUGUGAAAGCUCGCUCCCUCCGUCGAAAUAAAUAUCACACGCCGUUUAAUUACUGCUCUAAUAAAGACUAUAGUAGAAUUAAAAUAUUAUAAGCGCAUACUUAUUGAUAUGGCUAUCAGGAUAUAAAGAUUCAUUUUUAUAACGUUAAAUUUUCCUAAGUGGAUUAUAUAUGCUGUCUUAUUU